GACAGAAGGGAAGAAAUUAGAGACUGAAGAUUGAGGGUGAAUGGAGAUAAAAAUGAAACCGUGGGUAAUUGACGGAAGAUAAGGAAAAAAAAGUGACGUGAACAAAAUUACUUCUCUAAAAUGUGACCCCUUGAAAAAAAUUCCCACGUUGUUUUAAACGCCGAGAAAGAGAGAGAGUACUACGGCGUGGUGUUGUUGUUUCACCGACUGCCGUCAGAGGUGGUGUCUCCAGAAGCGGGAGAUAUAGGGUUCUUGACUGAGAAGGCAACUCUAAGGAGGCAGCAAUGUCUUUCAAUUUUGGAAACACAGCGCCCAAGACCACAGGCAGCGGGUUCAGUUUUCCAACCCUCCCCACCACCACAGCAGGUGGCACCAGUGGCUUCAGCUUCAGCACUGCCCUAGCCACCUCACAGCCUUCUGGCACCUCCACAUUUAGCUUUGGCACCAUGUCUGCCACACCAGCUACCUCCAGCACUGCUGCCACCACCACAGGAGGUGGACUUUUCUCUGCGGCUCCUAUAAACCAGCAGCAGCAGCAGACAGCAGCACCAGGAGCAGGGUUUCUCGCACCUCCUGCCUCCUCUGCUUCUUCAUCCUUCAAUUUCUCUGCUCCUGCUCCAGCCACCACAAGCACAGGGUUCUCCUCAAGUUUCCAGCUGCCCACCACCAUCCCAGCUUCGACAGCAACACCUACUCUGCAGUUUGGAGGGACCACCAAGAUUGCAGGAGCAGCCCCUGAGGCAGCCAAACCAGCUGCCCCUGCCUUGCAGACCUUUGCUUUUCCCACUAAACCAACCACAGGUACUGUUGCACCAGGAGGUUCACUCUUCACACCCGCCACUACCAUCAAUGCCACUGCUGCUGCCACCAGCACCAGCACCAGCACCACCACUGCUUCUGCUACUUUUCCCAUCCUUGCAGCAGGCCAGAGCUCAGUUCCCUCCACCACCUCCACCACCACCAUCACCACCACCUCCACCUCACUGGGACUUGUUGCUGCUGCCACCACCACUGCUGUUGCCACUGCAGUAACAAUAAUGACACCAGCAUCCACCACUACAGCCUUUACUUCACUUACCACAGCCACUACUACAAGCAGUGCUACUGGAGCCCCAGUGGGUGGCAGCAGUGCAGCAGCUGGUGGCCUUAGUGUGGCUGGUCUGGAAGAGAAGGUUAACAAGUGGAUGUCCGAGCUAAAGGAGCAGGAGGAAAGGCUGAUGAGGCAGGCAGCUCAUGUCAAUGCAUGGGACCAACUGCUGCAACAGGGGCACGAUCAAGUGCAGCAGCUGCGGCUCACACUCAAUAAUGUCAAGAUGGACCAAAACAGGCUGCAGGCUGAACUGGACUUCAUUCAGGGACAGCAGCAAGAAUUGGAGCAGCUGAUUGAGCCCCUGGAGGCUGCAGCAGCAUCCACCACCCCAGCACAGCACCAGGGUGACCGCCAGCGGGAGAACAUGCACCUUGUGGCUCAGAACCUGGAUUCACAGCUGCGGCAGAUUACAGACGACCUGUGCAAGGUUAUCGAACACCUCAACUCCAGCAACUCUGGCUCUCGUGCCACAGAUCCAGUGAACACUGUAGCUCGGGUGUUAUCUGCACACAUGGACACGCUAAAGUGGGUAGACCAGAACACUGCACUGCUCAGCCAGAAGAUGGACGAACUCUCCCGCACUUCAGACAAUAAGCGCAGGGACUAGUGGCGGUGCUAGCUGGCCAGUGGCUUAGGAUUGUUCACCCAACAAUGAAGGGCAUUUCGAAGCUGAAACUAUCUGUCUAGCUCACUGAUGAUCAAGGGAGCCCCAUGUUUCUUAUCCAAACUCUCCCUUGUUGCUUGUUGAGUGUCUCCUAUUCAGUAACACUAUUUUCUUACAUGUAUAUCCAUCUUCUAAGUGGCUGUCCUCUUCCACUAGUACGUACUUUCCCUUUUACUCACAUACGAACUCUUUCUUUGCAAUCUCUGAUGUUUAAUCUGAAGCUAUUCCAUUAAUCUCCUAAUCUUGUUUGUGUCAUUACACUAUAGUAGGAGAAUAUCACUGUGCAAUGAUAUAAGGAAGCUGAGGAAGAUAAUGAAUAGUGAUAUAUAUAGUAAUAAAAAAAAGAUAAAAUAAAAAAUAAAAAUGGAUUUUUUAUUUUUUAUUUUUUUUUUUUUUGUUCAUUUUUAGCAUAAAGUUAUACAGAAAAUAUUUUGAGUAAAUAUUUGUAUGUGUAGAUAUAUGCUCAGUGCUUUUCUAAUAUGGAUGAAAAAGAAGUGCCACCAAAUAUGUAGGUGGGCCACAAAAAUCUAUAGUUUGUGUCUUGUCUACCUGCAUUAGACUUUCUUGUGCUAAACUGGACAACCCAAAUUGAAGGUUGGAGCUCAAUGCUUGAAAAUUCUCUCAAUUAUCAAAUGAAUGUGGAAAAUAGGGGAAAGUAUAUAGAAGUUGUGAUGAUCCAAGGUGGUAAACAGUACUUCAUGUAUCUAGUUGUAUGCAAAUUGUAUCACAGGGAAAACAAUGUUGAGUUGCCACAAGUAAUGAUGUUAUCUACAUAAUGUUGCACUGUAUUUUGUGACAUCAUGUAUUAUGGCUGCUGUACACAAAAAUAGUUUGAGGUUAUAUUCUGCUUUGUCAUUUGAGGGAAGAAGAAAUAAUGAAGUUUCUAGGUGGAGGAGAUUAGCACAAAACAGUUGUACCAUUCAGGGAAAGUUAAUGAAAACAGAUGCUGAACUCCUUUUCUACUACAUAUUAUCAAAAUGGUUUGAUUCACGCCUCAGUGUAUGUAACUGGGAGGAGAUGUAAAGUGAAAACUGUGGACUUGCAUGGUGUGAUUGUUUUGUAAGUGUUCUCAGCUUAUGUAUUCAUGGAGGUUUUGUUUUUAAUGAUGAAGCCAAUAAAGACAAUUCUUACA